CGAACCGCCGAGGGCCUCGGACUGUCACCGAAGACCGUCCCAGAACGCCAUGCCCCCGGUGGAAUUCUCGGUCAAACCGUACCCCAUUCAUGCGGGCCUCGCGCAAACGCUAUCCUGCGCGGGUGUGGAGUCUCGAGUCAAGAUGUGGGAGUAGAACGUCGCGGCCUGGGUCUCCGGUCCCAUCAAACGUUAUCACGCGUGAGCAAAGAGUCUGGAGCCCCGAGGGCAGUCUCCCAACUCUACGCCCGCUUGCUGCGCUUGUCCCCCCCUCCCCCCUUUCCCCCUUGCCUCCCCCAGCAAGUUUGUUCUCCAAAGCUGUGUGUGUUCCUGGGGUCUCUCCGCUGGAGAAGAAAGCCUGGAAAAUGCGGACAGCAUCGCUCCUACUUCGGCCGUUUUCUCCCCAGUUUCUCCACCCAGACACCAGACGAACUUUUUGGAUGACGAUGAUGGUGUCGAGUCUAGACGAGCUGGUGUCAAAAACUCGGGCGAGGAAUCCACAACGAACGAAUGCUGUCUCUGGGUUGGUCGACGCGUGUUUGACGGCCGUGUUGUUGCUGGUCGGCUGACUGUGUUGUGAGAGGAGAUUUAAAAGCUUUGGUUCGUCCCGAUAAAUCAAGUCUGCUGCUACUAGAUGUCCUUGGCAGGUUGUCUCUUUUUCCUUCCGGACGAUCAGAGCCGCAUUUACACACUCAAAAGCUUAGCAUCGGAGAGCCCUGAACUGAACCAUAUAUUCGUUGGGUUUCCCCUUUUGGCCCCUCGAUUAAAUCUAAACGAGGUCUUGGCUCGCGGCUACGCGAUUAAUAAACCCUCCCUCCUCCAAGAUGCACGGAGUCACACUCGCCCCGAAGAUCUCGGGCAAACACAACCCAGACAGCCAAAAUGAGGCUCACGUCGAGAACCUGGCCAACGCCCUUCCCGGCCUCAACGAGAAGGAUGCCACCGCCGUCGCCCAGGCCGGCGCCUGGGAGAUUGAUGCCUUCAUCGAAGGCAUGGAGCGCGAGCUCGAGGCUGCCGGUGGUCUGAAGACGGGCUUCUUCCAGCUCGAGUUCAGCAAGACCAAGUACUUCACCUGGCUCAUCGUGGCCUUUGCCUCCAUGGGUGGUCUUCUCUCCGGUCUCGAUCAGUCUCUCAUCUCUGGCGCCAACCUUUUCUUGCCUGCCGAUUUGGGUCUCACCGUCAAACAAAACUCGCUCGUUAACUCGGCGAUGCCCCUUGGCGCCGUUGGUGGUGCCAUCAUUCUCAGUCCUUGCAACGAGUACUUUGGCAGAAAGAUGUCCAUCAUCAUUUCCUGCAUCCUCUACACCAUCGGUGGUGCUCUCUGCGCCGGUGCCCAGAACUUUGGCAUGAUUGUCUCCGCGCGUGUCAUCCUGGGCAUGGGUGUCGGUCUUGAGGGCGGUACCGUCCCCGUCUAUGUCGCCGAAACCGCCGAGCGCAGAAUUCGUGGCAACGUCGUCUCUCUUUACCAGCUCAACAUUGCCCUCGGCGAAGUCCUCGGCUACGCCGUCGCCGCCAUCUUCAUCCACGUCCCCGGCAACUGGCGCUGGAUCCUCGGCUCCUCCCUCCUCUUCUCCACCAUCAUGCUCAUCGGCAUGCUGUUCCUUCCCGAGUCCCCCCGUUACCUGAUGCACAAGGGCCGCACUCUCGAUGCCUACAAGGUGUGGAAGCGCAUCCGCGGUAUCUCCACCCCCGAGGCCAAAGAGGAGUUCUUCGUCAUGAAGGUCUCCGUGCUGGACGAGAAGCAGGUCGUUGCCGAGGGCGCCAAGAACAAGCGCUUCCCCUGGAUGGACUUCUUCACUGUCCCCCGCGCCCGUCGCGCCUUGGUCUACGCCAACAUCAUGAUUCUCCUGGGUCAGCUCACGGGAGUCAACGCCAUCAUGUAUUACAUGUCCAUCCUCAUGCAGCAGAUCGGCUUCGACGACGAGAAGGCUACCUACAUGUCGCUCGUGGGCGGAGGUUCUCUGCUCAUCGGCACCAUCCCCGCCUGCUUCUACAUGGAGAAGUUCGGCCGCCGCUUCUGGGCGAACGCCAUGCUUCCCGGUUUCUUCGUCGGUCUCGUCAUCAUCGGCGCCAGUUACCAGAUCCCUACCACGACAAACACCACCGGUGCCGUGGCCUGCUACCUCAUCGGUCUUGCCUUGUACAUGGGAUUCUUUGGCUGUUACGCCUGUCUCACUUGGGUCGUCCCCUCCGAGGUCUAUCCGACCUACCUUCGAUCCUACGGCAUGACGACAUCCUCUGGCCUGCUUUUCCUGUCUUCCUUCAUUGUCACCUACAACUUCUCUGCUAUGCAGGAGGCCAUGACGCGGACGGGUCUGACGCUCGGCUUCUACGGCGGCAUUGCCAUCUUGGGAUGGUUCUACCAGUUGAUUUUCAUGCCUGAAACCAAAGACAAGACCCUUGAGGACAUUGAUCUUCUCUUCCAGAAGCCGACCCGGGAGAUCGUUGCGAUGAACGUGAAGAACGUGACCCAAAGUUGCGGCAACUUCUUCAGGGGCCGAUGGGGCAGCAGCGCUCAGCCCGCCCGCGAGAUGGAGGUCGAUGAGAAGAACGACAAGGACGUUCUCGCUUGAGGGAUUGAUUCCACGUAUAGCAACAUGGUUUCCUUGACGAUAGAUACCCUGGAAUAAUUUCAUGACCUUUGCAGCGUUCAAGCCACUGGCCAUAGCCUUACCUACAUC